GCUAAACCAUCGCCCCCUUUUUCACCUUCCCACUUUUGCCUCCCCCUCCGCCAUGGAUUCCGAGAGAACUCCCCAGAACUAACCGCCUUCUCCUCUCUCUCUCUCUCUCUCUCUCUCUCUCUCUCUCAGAUCCUUUCCAGUCCGGCGCACGCUAUUCUACCUCCCUGCGCCCCCGCAAGCGCGCGAUAGCGUCCCUCCCGGCCUUUUCUGCCUUCUUAUCCCCGUCGUCUUCCCAAAGGCCUCCUCGUGCCCAUACUCGGGCCGGCAGGCAAGCUCGAAACCCUAAUUCCCUCUCCGGAGGUGUCCCGGAACCCCAUAGGAGGGUCAUCCGAUCGGAGCCUAUCUCGCCCUGGGAAGGAGGAUGAGGAGCCGCCGCGGACGGCCCCUGAAGGAGCUGUAUGAUGCCACGAGGAAGCUCUCAGAACCGGAGGCAUAUCACUCCAGUAUUGCAAGGGACAUGCCACAUCCAAGGACCUAUUGAUGAGGCUAACUAUGAUCUACAGAGGACAGAUUUGGGUGAUUUUCCAGUUGAAGGAAGACACUUACUUGUGAAUGAAAAACUUUGCACCAGAGCAGAACCUGGUACGUGCAACGUAUGUUCUGCUCCUUGCAUAUCUUGUUUGCACUUAAAGCGAACUGUGCUGAUCAUGGAAUCAAAAAUCAAGGAUGGGCUUUCACAUGACACUUCUGGGAGAAAAGAUGAUAGUUCUGUUAUUGGUGACAAAGUGCCUAAUUAUAGCAGCAGAGAAUGUGAUGAUCAGCAGCAUGAAUCUAGUGAAACUAGUAAUUUUCUAAGCUCUACUUCAAGUCAUAAUUCAUGUUUUGAAAAUUUUGAAAGUAAAGCAAGAUUCAGAGACUUAAUUAGAGAUGAUGCAUCAGAAGAUGUUAAAACACCCUAUAAGGAGUCUUCAGAUGAAGCAGUUAAGCUUCUUUUGGAGCAAACCAAUGUUUCUUCUCAUAGUGCCCUUCCCUCUCACAGCCAGACAAGAUCUGGUCUGCACCAUAAAACACACUCAGAUCUAGUUGACGAGCAGCAUGUAUUAGAAUGCCAUGGGGAUAGCAUUUCAUGUAUUUCUGGUAUUACGAAUGCCAGCACUGCAGUCCAUGCUCCUCAUAUGGACUCAGACGAUAAAAAUGCAACAUCCAGCAUUCCAUCAACUGGUAAUUUACUCGCCAGAAAAUCUGAAAAGCCGGUCCAGAAUGAAGCUCACCCUGACUGUCGAAUUGAUGAAAUAAAAGAGAGUCAGAAUGAAUUUCAAAUGCCUAGCACAUUGCUCGAAGAAUCUUUACAGAAGAAUAAUGGUUCUAGUUCUGCAAUAGCUGGCUCUUCCCCCAUGUAUGAACAUUCAGAGUUCCAUCCAUCAAAAAGCGAUAAUUCUUCCCAUUGUAAUUAUGUUUCCAAGGAAAGAAAUGCAUGUGAUCAAUUUCCAGCAGUUGAAAUUCCGAAAUGCUUAGGCAAUGAGGAAUCUUCACUAGCACAAGAAUUAGUUGCUGGCAGUAUUGAUGGGCAAGAAAAUACUGCACGUGCAAACAGUGAAAUUAAUAAAGAAAGCAGCACAACAAGUGAAUCUGCUUCAGUUUCUCUGAAGGAUACUGAUGCAUGUGUGGGAACUGAAAUUGGAACUGGCAGUAGGAUCCCUCACCCUGACUGUCGAAUUGAUGAAAUAAAAGAGAGUCAGAAUGAAUUUCAAAUGCCUAGCACAUUGCUCGAAGAAUCUUUACAGAAGAAUAAUGGUUCUAGUUCUGCAAUAGCUGGCUCUUCCCCCAUGUAUGAACAUUCAGAGUUCCAUCCAUCAAAAAGCGAUAAUUCUUCCCAUUGUAAUUAUGUUUCCAAGGAAAGAAAUGCAUGUGAUCAAUUUCCAGCAGUUGAAAUUCCGAAAUGCUUAGGCAAUGAGGAAUCUUCACUAGCACAAGAAUUAGUUGCUGGCAGUAUUGAUGGGCAAGAAAAUACUGCACGUGCAAACAGUGAAAUUAAUAAAGAAAGCAGCACAACAAGUGAAUCUGCUUCAGUUUCUCUGAAGGAUACUGAUGCAUGCAUGGGAACUGAAAUUGGAACUGGCAGUAGGAUCCCUCACCCUGACUGUCGAAUUGAUGAAAUAAAAGAGAGUCAGAAUGAAUUUCAAAUGCCUAGCACAUUGCUCGAAGAAUCUUUACAGAAGAAUAAUGGUUCUAGUUCUGCAAUAGCUGGCUCUUCCCCCAUGUAUGAACAUUCAGAGUUCCAUCCAUCAAAAAGCGAUAAUUCUUCCCAUUGUAAUUAUGUUUCCAAGGAAAGAAAUGCAUGUGAUCAAUUUCCAGCAGUUGAAAUUCCGAAAUGCUUAGGCAAUGAGGAAUCUUCACUAGCACAAGAAUUAGUUGCUGGCAGUAUUGAUGGGAAAGAAAAUACUGCACGUGCAAACAGUGAAAUUAAUAAAGAAAGCAGCACAACAAGUGAAUCUGCUUCAGUUUCUCUGAAGGAUACUGAUGCAUGCAUGGGAACUGAAAUUGGAACUGGCAGUAGGAUCCCAUCUGAUGAUGCUAAGAAGGCCAGCUUCAUGAAAGAGCCACCUGGAAAGUCCAAUUUGUUGUUAGAGACAGCUAAUACUCAGGUAUCCGAGAUCCAACCUCGGACAACCUCGGACAAUGAAAUUGAGGAUGAUGUGAGUGCAUUUCCUAUCUCCAAAUUAUCUCAUAUAGAAUAUCUUAUUUAAUGCACUCUGAGUCUCUACUUUCUCGCAUGAUUUUAACAGAUCAAUGAGGUUGCAUUUAAGCCAUAAUAGAAAUGCUAAAUAAUUCAUCAAUGGCAGAACUAUAAGAAGGUUUUAAUAUCAUGAAAUUUUGUAACAUCCUGGGUCUCUCAGAGGGCUCUUUUGUGUACUCACUGUCCUGCAAUCCUUCGUUUGUUUCUCUUUUCUUUUCUUCUUACUUCUACUGUUGUCUGAAGAUAUUGUAGGAUGCUUAUUCAUUUCUAAAUCAUGCUUAAUCAUAUUGUGUUUGCAGUAUUUCUAUGUUCAUCUGUAUGCUUUUAUUCACAAUCUUCUUUUGUUUUUUUAUUCCUGAAGCAAAGUAGGCAGGGGAUUCUUAAGAUAAGAUAGUUGUUAUGAUGGUAAUCUAGAAGUGUUCAAGUCCUUUAAAUCAAGGUCUCGUCUUUGGAGGAAAAUAUCUUAGCUAGCAUAAACUAGAAGUUCAUCCCAUAUUUCCUUGUAUGAUACUGAAAAGGAUGUCAAAUCUAGCAUAACCUGAAACAUUAGAAAGAUAAAGGAUCGAUAGCAUAUCUUUGUGGCUCUUUCAAAAUUACAUUAGUUGCAAUUGCCAAUUAGUUCUCAUGUGUAGGUAUUUAUUAAAUUGCAUCAGAGAAAUAUGAAUUUUCUUAUUUACAAAUUAUGUCAUCUCUAAGUCUGAAUCAUCACAUCUUAUGUUUUCCUCCUAAAAGCCCAUGCCUGCAGCUUGAGUGAAAUGUGGGUCUCCAGCACCCCAUUUUUUCAAAGAAUAACCAUGAUUAUAAUUACUAAGCCUUCUUGUAACUCUGUGGUCAACUUUACAAGUCCUCAUUUGCCAAAUUUUUGGGCUCUGUGGCUGUUUGCUGUCCUUGAUUGACUUAUCUAGUCCAUGCAUCCCCACUCAAACUUGUUCAUAGCCUAAUAACUACUGUUAACUAAAUUUAUUUAUCUCGAGCAUGACAACUAAUUUGUAAUGCAAUGACUGUAUUUGUUGCCUUCAUUGUUUUCAUAUAUAUUUGUGAUAAGGCCAAUAAUAACCAUAUGGACUUCUGCUCACAUAGAAAAAUGGCUGAUUGCAUUUUUGAAGUUUUUUGAGAAUUUUUAUUAAGCUUAAAGAAA